ACCCUCAAGCGUCCCCGCUCUACAGAGGCUCCCUCUCCAUCUUCCACUUCCUCUCCUAAACGUGCUGCCUCAGAAGAUCCUUUUGCUACUUCUUCUGAUUCUGGUAGGACCGAGAACGGGCUGUCACACCUCACCCCAGUCGGUCAACACGCCCAGGUACCAGGGAGCAGUCCUCUCCGCAUGGUCGAUGGGGCUAUCGACGGUGAGAGCGAGGGAGGGGAAUGGGUCAAACGAACAGAGGAGGUUCAUUUGGAAGAAGGUUAUGACAGAAAACAGUAUAAAGAACAGUAUGAUCAACUACUAGGUAUGUGUCAUAUCCCAAGUGAAGACGAUGAGACGCUGACGAAUGUAACAGCCUCCUUUCCACCUCCCUAUGCGACGGCGAGAACAUAUCACAUCAUACCAAAGAAACUCUUCAACACUCUUCAGACUCUAGCUUUAGGUGAUCCAGCUUCAUCAAAGUCACCCGUAUCACCAUCAGACCUCAAGAUUGACCUCACAGAGCUGAUCGAGGACAUCGAGGGACAAGAAGUUUUCACAUUAUACAAUGACACAAUCGGUAGUCCAUCUACACGAAUGACGUUCAAGGGCACGAAAACGCGUAUAUGGCAAUUGAAGGAUGGAUUGUUGGAACAGGAUGAUUUCAUCUAUGUUUCUGCGGAAGGCUGGGGUAAAUUAGUAGAAUGGUAUGGUCCAUAUGAUGGUCCUACUCUACCACGUAUCUGCGCCAGUGGAGGACGUAUCUUACUCAAACCCAGCAUCUACACCGUCCACAUCACAGACUUCCUACCCGGAAUGACGGUUUCGAACCAGCUAGAGGGCAUUGAAGCAAAACCCAUACGCAUCACUUGCCCGAGCUUUUUCAGUAUCGAAACUUUCGAAAAGUUCCUCACCACCGUCGUCCUCGAUCAAGUGCGCAUGGAGAACAGUCGAGCGGAAGUGAGGUGUUGGCAGCUCGACGUAUCGCAGAUCAGCGACUCAGUGUCCCCUCCGAAUACCCUGUAUAUAAAUCCAUCGCUCUUACCGAAUUUAUCAGCCAAACUGCUCAACCACGGCAUCACCCAGCCCAACCUGACAUGCGAGGAGAUGGGACUCGUUCAUGGUGACGUCUUUGCUGUGGAGCUUGGACUACCCAUGGGGAACUCGAUAUUCUGGGCGGUCGAUGUCAACGAGGAGGGCAAAGCGGUUUCUAAGUCGACUGCACCUCUUGCUCUACAAGUCCCCAAAGCACCCCCACCGUUGUUUUCUCAACCCAGUACUUUCCCAGGAUUUGGGGCUUCUAUGUCGAGUUCAGAAGCUGGAUCAUCCACUCAAAGCACUGGAAUGCAGACGCGAAGUCAGACCAGUCAAGGUCGGUCUAAGGGUAAGGGGUUGGUGGGAUUGCAUAACCUCGGCAAUACAUGUUUCAUGAAUAGCGCUGUACAAUGUUUAUCAAAUACCCAGGAAUUAUCGCAAUAUUUCUUGUCUGGUGUGUAUAGGGAUGAACUCAACCCCGACAACCCUCUCGGUAUGCAUGGUCAGGUAGCUGAGGCGUUCGGAGGUGUCAUUGAAGCUCUCUGGACUCUUUCUGGUCCCCAUGCAUCUUUCAGCCCUCGACAACUCAAAUCCACCACCUCUCGAUUCGCUCCUCAAUUCGCCGGAUAUGGCCAACAUGACACCCAAGAGUUCAUCGCGUUCCUUCUCGAUGGUCUACAUGAGGAUCUGAACCGGAUCAAAAAGAAACCAUAUAUCGAAAAACCAGAUUGGAAACCUGGUGGUGGAAAUGUGCAGCUCGCAGAACUGGGAAAGGAAUGUUGGGAGGGAUACAAGCAGAGAAAUGACAGUGUCAUCGUUGAUCUGUUUCAGGGACAACUUCAGAGUACCCUCGUGUGCCCAGAAUGUCACAAGGAAUCGAUUACGAUGGAUCCAUUCAUGUACCUCACUGUACCUUUACCUAUUGCUCAAACUCGUCAAAUUAAACUUUUAUUCAUUCCCCGAGACGUGGAACAAUCUCCGAUCAACAUCCGUUUACUCAUACCACAAAACGCUUCCUUCAUGCAAGUGAAAGAGAAGCUGGGUCAGCUGGUUAAAUGCAGUCCCUCGAAUCUGGUAGCGUUCGAUCUGUGGAAAGGAAGUGUCUACGCUUGGUGGCUUGAUUCCGACCAUAAUUCUGAAUAUAAAGAGAAUGAUGUUGGCGUCUUUUACGAAUUGGCCGUUCCAGUCACUGCCUCGCGUAAAGGUGUAGGUGUACCCGUCUCUGAGACAUCCACCAUUACUGUACCUGUUUACACCUACCGAUCUGAAGGUGGACGAUCACAUCGCGACUUGCCUUCAGAAUGUAGUUUGCAACCUUUUUUCAUCACUCUCAAUAGAGUAGAAGCUACCGAUCCUGUCGCUGUUCGGGAUGCGAUCGCACGUGGAUAUUCACAAUUCGUUCGACCGGAGAUGAAAACUUCUCUAUGGGUGUCACCAAAUUCUUCCCAUGCGGUCGUUCCUCCAGUUGUCGAAGAAGAUGGAACAAUAACCGAAAUACAUUUGGACGGUUCACAAACUCGUGUGGUAGAAGUGAACACUUCAUCCACUGAUUUUUCCGAUACUGAAAUGACAUCAUCAGUCACUCUCCCUCCAUCUUCUCAAGGAACGAUCUCUCAAGCGUCAGACAUCCAAACGGUGAACACUCAAAAUGGGAAUAGUACAGAAAGUAUUCGUACCAAUGAUAGUACAGCCUCCCUUCGUAGUUUAGCUUCUUCACGUUCUCUCGUACCCCGUGGCGAUUUAUUCCAAGUUCACGUGGCGGACGCUUCAUCUAGUGAUAAAAAUAACGGAUUUACAUUAUUCAAAGGUAAAGCCGAAAUUGUUCCAUUCUACAAACAAACGGUCUCUGCAGCAUCAACAGAAUGGUCUAUAUUGGAACAUCGUAAAAAACCAAAGAAAAAUAUGUUUGGUAGAUUGACUUCUGGUAUAAAUUCUUUCGUUAAUCCAGGUUAUAAUUCAGAUGAUGAACAUUCUCCACCUUCAACACCUACAACACCUUUGGUGGUAAGACCCGGAGAAGGGAUUUUCUGUGAAUGGACACAUAAACGAUUCAACGAAUAUUUUGAUACUGCUUUUAAACCUGAAGAAAUCAUCGAUCCUCAAAUUCAAAAAGAAGCGGAAAAGAGAAAGGCUGGUAAGAAUAUAGGUAUAGAAGAUUGUCUUGAUGAAUUUAGUAAAGAGGAAACUUUAGGUCAAGAUGAUUUAUGGUAUUGUCCUCAAUGUAAGAAACAUCAAGCUGCCACGAAGAAAUUAGAGAUUUAUAAAGCUCCGGAUAUUUUGGUUAUUUGUAUAAAGAGGUUUGGUAAUUCGAGGAGAUUAUCAGAUAAGCUCGAUCAUAUGGUUCAUUUUCCUAUUGACGGACUUGAUCUGGAAGAACGUAUCGGGGAAUGUCAGGUGGCCAAGCGACUGGACCUUUCUACAGAACAGGCGAAAGAGUAUGGAAUGCGUGUGGAUGAGCCGAUGAUAUAUGAUCUUUACGCCGUGGACAACCAUUUCGGAGGGAUGGGCGGUGGACAUUAUACCGCUUUUUGUAGGAACAGGGUGGAUGGGAAGUGGUAUAAUUAUGAUGAUACGAGGGUGUCUCCAGCGAACGAAGCUGCGGUUCAAUCUCGAGCCGCCUACCUCUUAUUCUACCGACGUCGUACCACCCAACCCAUCGGUGGUAUCUCCCACUUUAAAGCUCAAUCCGCAUCAGCAUCAGCAUCCGCCUCUGUCAACGUGACUCCUCUCCCUCUUCACCAUUCCCUCCCUUCACCCGAUUCUUCCAACCCACCAUCCCCAAGCCCUAAUAUCGAUCCGGACCUAGACGACUUUUCCAAUCCCUCUCAACCUCCUUUAUAUUCACCUAUCGGAACACCCCCAUUACCCAGUCCUGUCCUCAGUGCUGGAUCCGAUUCUGAUCUUGAGACUGUGGACAAAGAAUCAGUCUUGUUAUCUACCUCUGUCUCUAUGACAAGAGGUGGAAGUAUGUUGAAUGGACCUCUUAGGGUCACUAUCAGACGGGAAGAACCUUCUACCUUUGAACCGUCAAGUGAGGAGAUGACGAGGGUCAGGGAUGUUACGGAGGAUACGGAAAGUGGAGGAGGUGGGGGAAAAGAUGAUAGGAUGGAUUUGAGUUGAGUUUUGUUUUUGUUAAAGGUGUCAUGGUAUCAUGUCAGAGUAGAAAGUUGCAUGCAUUGGAGUGUGGGUUUGAUAUCCACUUG